AUGAAAGGAAGCUCAGAAGAAAGCAUUGAAAGCGUCCGACCCUCCAACCUGCAAGCUUUUGCCAAUAUAUCCACCCUACAUGGCAUGAGCCACAUAUUUGCCUAUGGGCACAUGACAUUCCGUCGAUUUCUCUGGACUCUUUCAUUCCUGGGUUCACUAGGCUUACUGAUGCUGGUCUGCAUGGAUCGAGUGUCGUAUUAUCUAGAGUAUCCUCAUGUCACCAAGCUGGAUGAAGUGGCAGCAACCAACCUCACCUUCCCAGCAGUUACAUUUUGUAAUCUUAACGAGUUCCGAUUCUCCAAAAUCACAAAGAAUGACCUUUAUCAUGUGGGGGAGCUCCUUGCCCUCCUCAACAAUAACUACCAAAUAGCUAACCCGCACUUGGCUGAGCCUGAGAUUCUGGCUAUCCUAAAAGACAAGGCGAACUUCCAGAACUUCAAGCCCAAACUCUUCAACAUGACUGAUUUUUAUAACCGAACAGGUCAUGACAUCGGCGACAUGCUGCUACAGUGCACCUUCCGAGGAGAGGAUUGCUACGCAGUGAAUUUCACAACAGCGGAGAGCAUCAGAUGCUUAGACAUUAGAAUACAAAUACCCCUGCUGCAACAGAGGGGAGGUCACAUCCCCCAAAAGCCUCCUGCCAAGAGUCCCCUACUGCACUGCCACCUGGUCUUAUGUUGUAAGUCUAAUCCCAAUCAGAGACCCAUCCGAAAGCAGCCAGGCUUCCUUAUGAAGCCGUUGUCAGACCUCAGCGAGGACCCUGGCACCAACCUGUAUGAAUAA